AUGGCUCGCUCAUCCCGCGCCACUCGCCCUCCCCCCCUGGAGCUCGACGACGCUGCCCUGGGCAUCCUGGAAUGCUCCCGCGACUCGCUCGACUCACCCAUCUUUUCUCCCUCAAAGAGAGUCGGGACAAGCUCCACCGCCGCCACAAGCCCCCAGUCCAUCUCCUCCCCCCAGCGCAGGACCUCGUUCGGCUUCAUCAAGUCCUCGCCCACCGUCAACGUCCACACCACCUGCGGCCGCCACACCGACCAGCUGCUCUUUGGCGGGCCCUCCCUCUCCGGCCUGGCGCGCGCUUUUCUGUGGAAGAAGAAGCAGAGGCGGGUUUCGAGCGACUGA